AUGCCCCGAGCACCAACUCAUCGUGAAACCGAACGCGACAGUCAACAGGAGAAGAUCCCCCGUCCCCCAAACGCGUGGAUCCUUUACCGUACGGACCUCCUCAACCAAUGGAAGGCGAACCGAUCGCCCCACGAGCCGCCCUCCAGGCAGUCCGACAUCUCUCGCCUGGUUUCCGCGAGGUGGAAGGCGGAGGACAGCGCCAUCAAGCUCGAGUACGAGAAGCGCGCCGCCAUUGCAAAAGCGGAGCACAAGAAACGUUAUCCAGACUACAAGUACACCCCA